AAUUGCAAUGCCAAGUGGCAAGAAUGCCAAGUUGCUCAAUCCUCGAGUGCCAAAGUGUGCCCGUUGCCGGAAUCACGGGGUUAUUUCGGGGCUCAGAGGUCACAAGAAGCAGUGUACCUAUCGGAACUGUCGGUGUGCUAAGUGUGAGCUCAUACACGAGCGCCAGAGAAUUAUGGCAGCUCAGGUUGCCCUGAAGCGUCAGCAAGCAGUUGAAGAUGCCAUCGCCCUGCGUUUGGCUUCCAAUGAAACGGGAACACCUCUCGAUGCUCUGCCACCGGGAAAGAUAUUUGGGAUGAAUGUUACAGAGCCAAGGAUGACUCCCCCAUCGAAAGAUGCGGAAAUGUCGGCAAAAGUUGAGGAAGUUUCCUCCAAAUCCAAUACUUCUCCAGUUCCUAAUUCCAGUAGUAGUUCUGUUUCGCAAAAUGCCAUUGAUAUGUUGGCGCAGCUUUUCCCCCAUCGAAAGAGAUCAGUCCUUGAAUUAGUCCUUAAGAGAUGUGAUCUUGAUCUCCUGAAGGCAAUUGAACAGUGUGGCUCAACAGUUCCAAGUGCAUUCAAACCACCUACAACAUCAUCAUCUCUGCAGCAUCAACAGCAACAACCCUCAUCGGGGGCACUUCCACCUCAGCCACACUACACACCGCUCAUUGCCUACCCAAAGUGGCUGUUCCCAAUCUCGGGAAUUCCUGUUCAUCUACCCAACUUAGCGCCGCGAUGCACGCUUCCCAACUGCCCCAUGUGUCUCCAUAUUUGAAUGCCACAAUCGAGACCAUCAGAGACUGCCGAGACGGCGCACCAGCCGCUGCCAAAGAUAGCGGGAGGAUGAAAGAAAAAAAUGUGUUUUGGCUCUAAAUACCCACCAAUAUGUUUUAAGAAUUGUUUAUGAGACACACUGCUAAAUCGCGGAAAUUUAACAAAAUUCAGGAAUGUAGGUUAAUUGCGUCCUGUGAAGCUCGUGUACACGUUUUUCUGCUACUGUUACAUAAAGAACAUGCGCGAUACUCGCGGACUUUACAAUUAUACAAAUCUUCGACUAUGCGCUACUUAAUUCCUUUUGAUCCUCAUUUUAGUCAGUAAUCAAAAUGCGAUUUUGCAAAGAUUGCCAAAAAAAAUUUCUCUUGUAUUUGCGUAUUGCGCUAAACAUUA